GUCUCCAACGAAAUGCACACCUGCGCUCACUCAGAAGGUUCGAGGCUCCUUGUCUCUAGCCUUCUCCCUGCAGAGCUAUAAGUCCAGGCUAACUCCUCACUCCCCACACAUCCACUCCUGCUCUCCCUCCUCCAGGUCACCCAGCCAUGAGGACCCUGGCCCUCCUCGCUGCCGCCGUUCUCCUGGUGGUCCUGCGGGCCCAGGCGGAGCCACUCCAGGCAAGAGCUGACGAGCUUGCAGCCCAGGAGCAGCCAGGAGCGGACGCAGAGGAAGCCUCUGUUUCCUUUGCAUGGGAUGAAGGUGCCGCACGUCAGCUUUCAGGCUCAGGCAGAGGCGCACGCUGCGUUUGCAGAGGGGUAAUCUGUUUUUUCGGAGAACGCCCAUCUGGGUUUUGCGGAUUUCUUCGUUUAAGAUGCUGCCGCUGAGCUUGCAGAUGAAAAUAAGCUCAAAAUUUACUUUGAGAGUUAAAGACAUCCUUGUUACUCCUGCACUGUUUCCUCCGUUUCCUUUCCUCAUCCCAAAAUAAAUGCCUUCUAACAAGC